AGUAACUCGGGCCAAGGCGCGAGAGGGAUGCCAAGCAACCGCUGCGUUGCGUCUUGCUCCGACGUCAUCCUCCUCCUGCAGAGGCAGAGCUUCACCCAAACCAUCCCGCACCCCAGGACCCCCGGCCCGACCAAUGCCGGAGCGAAGCAAAAAGAAUGAGCGGUAGGCAGCAUCGUUCCCAGCGUCUGCAGUGAGACUGGUGUGACUAACACCCGAGAAACCACAGCACGACAUCCCGCUCGUCCGCCUGAACGGGGUGAGAUGAACCUUGGACCCGUGUCGUAUCUAGACUGCGCCGUCUUUUGCCUUUUCCUGGCACCCCAGCUGAUCUGGCGGGUGGGCUUUUUCGAGACGGUAUGGUGUGCUCUGCAGGCAUUGCCGUUUCUCUUAACGCAACUGCCUGUGACGUUCAUUCGUGACCGAUACCUGGUCCGUCGCGAAAAGCAGAGCGGUUUUCAGCGGAGGGCAUCUCUGUUUGAGGACGUCGUGGUCCGGUGUGUGCGGUACGCCUUCGCAAACAUCCCGCCGAGGGUAGGACGGGUGUUCUUCGCGAGGGAGGUGUCGCUUCCGUUUCUGUGGUUCCGGUUGCUCCGCCAUGGCUACCUAGGGUCUCCGAUUCACUGGUGGGAGCAUUGCGAGCGCGGAUUUCGUGGCAUUUGGCUGAGUAAGAAUCCGACGGAAAAGCCUGACCUUGUCCUGUAUUACGCCCAUGGGGGAGGCUUCUCGAUGGGCUCCUCGUACUUUUAUCUUGAGUACCUCUUGACCUGGCUGUCAGUCUUGGGCUCGGCGGGCUACAAGAACCCGGCGAUAUUCGCAUUAGAGUACACCCUCGUUCCCGAUGCCUCGUUCCCUACGCAGGUCGAGGAGACACUGCAGGGUUACGAGCACGUUCUAGCGGUGGCGCAAGAUCCGUCAAUCGUGUGUGUAAGCGGCGAUUCUGCAGGUGCGACGCUUAUUUUGUGUUUGUUGCUCCGCUUGGGUGACAAGCGGACAAAUGGUCACGGGGAGAAACAGCCGCCCCCCAAGCCUGCACUUGCUGUGUUAAUAUCGCCCUGGGCGACCCUCGUCUCGACUCGACAUGAGAAUACUGUGAGCGACUACUUGGACGCGCAGCAGCUCCGUCGGUAUGGAACACAUUUCGCGGGCAACCGAAUCCCCGCGACAGAUCCGUUAGUGUCACCGGGCUGUUGCAAGGACGCUCUGUGGUGGAAGAGAUCCAGUCCGACCCAAGGUAUCGUCAUUACGUAUGGGACGGAGGAGGUGCUUGCGCCUGAAAUUGAGAGCCUCGUCGACACGCUUCGGGAAGCUAAAGUUACCGUAAAGAGCAAGGCAGAAAUUGGGGGCAUCCAUGCCUGGCCUGUUGCCUCUCUAUUUUUGUCUAGCGGCCGCGACGACCGGCUGGACGGGCUAUUGACUAUGACGGAUGAAAUUAGACAACGUAUUCCAUAACGGCGGGGUUCAUGAACGCAGAUAUGAGUUGGGUGCCCUCAGAUUAGAUCAAGUAAUUUACGCCAGCAUCGACAUGGCAGCGAAGAUGACCCCAGAGGCAAAGCUCGGUUUCGUCAACGCUGUGUUCUCGUCUUCGGCUUGUUGUGUUGCUCAAGGAAAGUCAUCACGGGCAGCGAAUAUAAGACAUUGGGUAGGCGGUAGAGAGGGGAUGUUUACCUUUGAAGAUCGCGUGGUGUUGCCUCGAGAACAAUUGCCCCGGCUGUCGGUGGGUUACUGAAGUUUGGGUUGUGAAGGACUCAUGAGGAUCAGCCGCAAAUGACAAAUGAGAACAGCAGCCCGUGGGUCCGAAUUAAAAUAAAAGAAAUAAAAAACACUUUGCCCAAUCGGGCAAUUCAAGCAUGACCCCAGGUGCACGGGCUCAACCCUUCCUAAACAUUCAACAUCACAAAGGCGCCUCCGCGAUUCA